UAAAGCACAGGUGUGCAAUAAUUUCAACGCAGGCUCCUGCAGUUUCAGCGCCUGUAGAUUAUUGCACAUCUGCUCCAUAUGUUUCAGGGCACAUACCAAGACCAUGUGUCCAGCCAGGUUGUCACCAAACAAAUGACUAACCGACAUAAAUAUCGACAACCUGGUUUUUUAUCUAAGGUCUCACCCCAGCGGGCACUUAGUGGAUUUUCUCACCACAGGUUUCUCACAAGGGUUUCACACAGGCAUAAUAGCCAUUCCACCAGGUACACUAGAAUGUCCUAAUCUCCAGUCUGCACGUUUAGACCCAGUCGCUGUAGACACUCUCAUUUCCGCAGAAACCACAAACGGUUUCAUGAUCGGUCCUUUCACCUCUUCACCGUUUUCCUCCUGGCGCACUAACCCUAUUGGUAUUGCUAUUCACAAAUAUUCUAAUAAAAAACGUCUCAUUAUCGAUUUAUCGGCACCGCACUCCUCUUUUGUUCCAAGCAUAAACGCACUCAUUCCAGCAGACGAAUUCUCUCUGCAGUACGUCACCAUCGACGACGCCAUACAGUCCAUCAUGACAUCUGGUAAUCGACCCUGGCUCAGCAAAACAGACAUCACUAACGCCUUUAAAUUACUGCCCAUACACCCCUCACUCUGGCACUUACACGGUGUUAAAUGGCGAGGGUAUUAUUACUUCUCAACACGACUCACUUUUGGUUCCCGAAGCAGCCCCAAACUUUUCGACAUUUUCGCAGAGUCACUAUGCUGGCUGCUUCUGAACGUCAUCAGGUGUCACUCCGUUAUUCACUAUCUAGAUGACUUUCUACUGAUAGAGCCAGGGUCAUCAACACCCACAGCAAUCAAUAGUACUACCGCACUUUUUUCCACACUUGGAGUCCCUUUGUCCCCAGCCAAAACUAUAGGACCCACAACAAAGUUGACCUUUUUAGGCAUAGAGCUCGAUUCUGUCAAACUCAGAGCUAGCCUUCCACACGACAAACUUUCACGAUUGAGAGGGGAGAUAGACACGUUCCUGCGGAAUGACGUUUGCACCAGGAGAGAACUUCAGUCCCUUCUUGGAUCUCUGAACUUCGCCAUGCGCAUCAUUCCGCAGGGAAGGUCUUUUAUUUCCAGACUUCUUUGCCUGCUCCAUGGAGUCCCGGACUCCGGCACAGUUUCUUUGGACCCCCACGCCAAGGCUGACUUGGCUAUGUGGGGGAAGUUUUUGAAAGACUGGAAUGGUAUCUCCAUGUUUAUCCCCCCUCUCUCCACCUCUUCACCCAUCAUCCACACAGACGCAGCAGCCAACACCGGUUUCGCAGCCAUUUUCGGGAACCACUGGUUUAGGGGCCACUGGCCCACUGAGACGGAUGCCUUGCCAGGAUUCAGGGAGACCUCAACCCUAUUUGAAAUUUACCCCAUUGUGGCGGCCGCACACACCUGGGGUCAUCUCUGGUCCGGCAAGGCAGUAAAAUGCUACUCAGAUAACUCGGCAGCUUGCGAUAUCAUUAACAAAGGGCGCUCAUCAUCCCUGACCAUCAUGCGGCUGAUUCGCAAGUUGACCUGGCUGGCAGCAUCCAAUCAGUUUCACUUAGUAUGUUCUCACAUCCCGGGUAUUCACAACACCGCCGCUGACGCUCUUUCUCGUUCUCGAUUCCAGGCAUUUUCUCAGGCACUCCCAGCAGCUCACCAACAGCCAUCCAGGACACCACGGUUUCACAAACUAAUAUUGGAUUAAGCACACUCUUGCUUCACGCUAGAUCACUCACUCACCAAGCAUUAUCACCCAACACUGCUAUCACUUACAAUAGGGCACUUAACAUAUUUAACAAAUUCACUGCAGAGUUCGGGCUACAAGGUGACUUUUCUAUCCAAACCAUGGUGUCUUUUGCCUCUUUCUGCCACCUACACCUUAAUCUGUCACACAACACCAUUAAACUUUACCUCACCGGGGUUCAGCACCACAGCCUCACCAAUUUUCCUAACAGCACCCCCUUUUUGUCUUCAUACCCCAUAAAAAAGGUAUUGAAAGGUAUAUCAAAGGUUUCACCACCACUCGCAAGCACUAGAUUACCCAUAGACGGGCCUAUCUUCAGGUCACUUAGCAAUCUCCUUGACACAGCCCCAUUUGAUAGCCACACCAAUACGGUGAUAAAAUCUGCCAUAUAUCUCGCUUUCUACGGUUUUCUCAGACCUAGAGAAUUCACAGUGAUUUGUCAAGGAGAUAUCGCACGAUGCCUUAAAACUUCACACCUCACCAAGGUAGAGGAUCACUACCUCCUUUCUAUCCCUACCACUAAAACCAACCGGUCAAUACAUCCUACAAUAAUUCCUCUCUUCCCUACUGAUAAUGCCUGGUGUCCGGUGAAAGUUCUCGACCAACUACGGUCAACUCUUCACACUCACCUGCCAGACUCUCCGCUCUUAACAUUACAAGGGCACCCGCUUACCACGGCAAAAUUGAUGUCUCAUGUCAGAACUCUGUUAUCUAAGCUCGGACACAACCCGGCUGCAUUCUCCGGGCACUCCUUCCGCAUAGGAGCCGCCUCAGCAGCCUCAAGCACAAACGCACCGGUCCACAUCAUCAAAAGGCUCGGGCGAUGGAAAUCCUCCAUAUAUAACGCAUAUAUUCCGCAACCAGAGAAAGAGCUUCGCCAAGCUUUCAGAAACUUGGUCUUGUAAAAUGCAAUAAAGUGUGUAUUUUCUCGAAUUUAUCUUUUUGCCCUCUUUUAUUUACAGGCCCACUCGUACGUUGGUUUCGGCACACCACAACCAACUUUGCUCACAGUUACUAUACAUCACGUAUUUAAAUUCCGAGCACAAGUAGAAAGGCCAUUAGGUCUGAAUUUGUGGGAGGAGUAAGUCCCCUACUUAAGCUCCCAGCCCCUACUCACCGCUGCCGCUCAGCUGAUUGUCCCCACCCACCUACACCCUGUUUUAACUACAUUAUCCUUGGUGGGCCCUCUUUUAUUUACAGGCCCACUCGUACGUUGGUUUCGGCACACCACAACCAACUUUGCUCAGUUACUAUCCAUCACGUAUUUAAAUUCCGAGCACAAAUAUAUAUAUAUAUAUAUAUAUAUAUAUAUAUAUAUAUAUAUAUAUAUAUAUAUAUAUAUAUAUAUAGUUUCGGACAAAUGUACACUUUGCCAUUUCUCAAUGCUUUACAUUCUCUGGAAAAAACCUCUUCAUUAAAGGGACACUAUAGUCACCAAAGCUUAAUGAAGUUUUGGUGUAUAGAUCAUGCCAGUCUCAUUGCUCAAUUCUCUGUCAUUAAAGAGUUAAAUCACUUUGUUUAUACAGUCCAUGUUACAGCUCCAUGCAUGUGAUCUGCACCACCUUCCUAAACACUUCCUGUAAAUAGUCCUCUAAUAUUUAUACUUUCUUUAUUGCUAAUUCUGUUUCAUUUAGAAUUGUGUAUCUCCUGUUCUGUUAAUAGCUUGCUAGACUCUGCAGGAACCUCCUGUAUGUAAUUAAAGUUCAAAUUACAGAGCAGGAGAUAAAAACGUUUAAAGGGAAACUAUAGUGCCAGGAAAACAAACGUGUUGUUCCUUGCACUAUAGCUUCCAUCUCUGUCAAGGUUGGGUAGACAUCCACUAGAGGUGGAGUUAACCCUAGCAGGUAUUACUGCAGUUUUUAGAAACCGCAAUAAUUACCUGCUCAGGGUUAAGGGACCUGGGACACUGCAUCCAGACCACUUCAAUGAGCUGAAGUGGCCUGUGUGCCCAUAGUGUACCUGUAAAGUACGUUACAUCUGAUUGAAAAUGAAACCAUUUUUUAUUCAUGCAGGCUGUGGCAGUCACAGCCAGGGGAGUUGUGGCUAGGGCUGCAUAAAGAGAAACAAAAGUGAUUUAACUCCUAAAUUGCAGAGAAUUGAGCAGUGAGACUUCAGAGGCACGAUCUACACACCCAGACUGCUUCAUUGAGCUAAAGUUGUUUUGGUGACUAGUGUCCCUUUUAAUAGUUUGGUGCUUAUUUUUUUUGCAACAUAAUUUUAACGAAACAGUACUGCUAAUUUGUAGUAACGAUAAUGCAGUGAGAUAUUUGAAGUUCAAAACUCCAACAUAUUAACGCUGGAAUUUCAAAUUUAAAGCCAGACUAUACUAAAAGCACAGCUGAAUUGGAGAAUUUUUCCAUUUUUUUUUUUUCUUUUCUUUUACCUUGAAUUUGAAAUUCAUUGUUCGCGGUAUUACUGGAAAUCUCUGAUUUGCAGAACCCUUCUACUAAAGUGAAUGCUCGCUACCAACCUGUUAGUAACUGGAACAUAGUGGAGCAAAUCUUUUAUAUUUUUUUUAUAUUGAAGCUGUACAUUGUUGCAUAGUUGUAUCAAAACGAUCUGUUGUUGAGACAUGGUUUUUAUUGUUGAUAUUUUGAUAUUUUGUCCCCCUUGUACGUGAGAUUUUUAUCAUAUAAACUGCCAUGUUUUCCAUGUAAUUUUAGGGACACUGCAGGACAGGAGAGAUUUCGUACAAUCACUACAGCAUAUUACAGAGGCGCUAUGGUAAAUCGAAUAUAUAGUUUUUUUUUUUUGUUUUUACUUUGAAGUUCAAUGUAAUCCUGGCUUCACUCCUGCUUUUAAUUCAUACAAAACUCUCUAUAUACCUAUCACUUCCUAUAGCAAUCAUGCUUUCUGUGCUCUUCAUGUACCCUCUCCCUAUAAUUCCUCCUAUUACUCCAUAUAACCUCUUCCUAUAACUCCUUCUAUUACUCCAUAUAACCUCUCCCUAUAAUUCCUCCUAUUACUCCCUAUAACCUCUCCCUAUAACGCCUCCUAUUACUCCAUAUAACCUCUCCCUAUUACUCCAUAUAACCUCUCCCUAUAACUCCUCCUAUUACUCCAUAUAACCUCUCUCUAUAACUCUCCUAUUACUCCAUAUAAUCUCUCUCUAUAACUCCUCGUAUUACUCCAUAUAACCUAUCUCUAUAACUCCUCCUAUUACUCCAUAUAACCUCUCCCUAUAACUCCAUAUUACUCCAUAUAACCUCUCUAUAACUCCUCCUAUUACUCCAUAUAACCUCUCCCUAUAACUCCUCCUGUUACUCCAUAUAACCUCUCCCUAUAAUUCCUCCUGUUACUCCAUAUAACCUCUCCCUAUAACUCCUCCUAUUACUCCAUAUAACCUCUCCCUAUAACUCCUCCUAUUACUCCAUAUAACCUCUCUCUAUAACUCCUCCUAUUAUUCCAUAUAACCUCUCCCUAUAACUCCUCCUAUUACUCCAUGUAACCUCUCCCUAUAACUCCUCCUAUUACUCCAUAUAACCUCUCUAUAACUCCUCGUAUUACUCCAUAUAACCUCUCCCUAUAACUCCUCCUAUUACACCAUAUAGCCUCUCCCUAUAACUCCUCCUAUUACUCCCUAUAACCUCUCUAUAACUCCUCCUAGUACUCCAUAUAAUCUCUCUCUAUAACUCCUCAUAUUACUCCAUAUAACCUCUCUCUAUAACUCCUCCAAUUACUCCAUAUAACCUCUCUCUAUAACUCCAUACUCCAUUACUCCAUAUAGCCUCCCUAUAACUCCUCCUAUUACUCCAUAUAACCUCUCUAUAACUCCUCCUAUUACUCCAUAUAACCUCUCCCUAUAACUCCUCCUAUUACUCCAUAUAACCUCUCCCUAUAACUCCUCUUAUAACUCCAUAUAACCUCUCCCUAUAACUCCUCCUAUUACUCCCUAUAACCUCUCACUAUAACUCCUCCUAUUACUCCAUAUAACCUCUCUAUAACUCCUCCCAUUACUCCAUAUAACCUCUCCCUAUAACUCCUCCUAUUACUCCAUAUAACCUCUCCCUAUAACUCCUCCUAUUACUCCCUAUAACCUCUCACUAUAACUCCUCCUAUUACUCCAUAUAACCUCUCCCUAUAACUCCUCCUAUUACUCCCUAUAACCUCUCUCUAUAACUCCUCCUAUUACUCCAUAUAACCUCUCCCUAUAACUCCUCUUAUAACUCCAUAUAACCUCUCCCUAUAACUCCUCCUAUUACUCCAUAUAACCUCUCCCUAUAACCCCUCCUAUUACUCCAUAUAAACUCUCUCUAUAACUCCUCCUAUUACUCCAUAUAACCUCUCCUUAUAUCUCCUCCUAUUACUCCAUAUAACCUCUCCCUAUAACUCCUCCUAUUACUCCAUAUAACCUCUCUCUAUAACUCCUCCCAUUACUCCAUAUAACCUCUCCUUAUAACUCCUCCUAUUACUCCCUAUAACCUCUCUCUAUAACUCCUCCUAUUACUCCAAAUACCCUCUCUCUAUAACUCCUCCCAUUACUCCAUAUAACCUCUCCCUAUAACUCCUCCUAUUACUCCCUAUAACCUCUCACUAUAACUCCUCCUAUUACUCCAUAUAAUCUCCUUCUGUCAUUAUGCAUAUUUCCUCCAUAAAACAUAUUGUGUGUGAUAUUUUUUUUGUUAGUUGUCUUAUUGUGUGCCUUCUAAUGUAGUCCUCUGUGCAAACUAUACCAACUGUUCUUCAUCAACUUCAUUAACAUCUGUCUUUGCUAGUAUUCCUAAUGCUUAAUAAGCCAUUCCUUAAGCUCUUUAAAUUUUAUAUAUAUUUUAUGUAACCUUACUAUAUGUUUUAUUUACUGCUUCCACAAUAUUCAGUCUAAAUUUCAUGUAAAUCUCUUGGUUCACUUCACCUUAAUCGCCAUGUACCCCUGACCGUCUUGGUUUUAAUAAUCUCUCAGCUGGAACAAAAUGAGGAAAUCCUUAAAUUGUGGACUGUCUGCAGUGCCUUAGAACUGAUCUGAGAACCACUUGUACAGUUUCUGAAGGUCGAUAUUCCCCUUAUGUUUUGUAUUGCCCCCGCCAAUAUUACCCUAACCUGCAUCUUUUUGCUCCAUAGGGCAUUAUGCUGGUUUACGAUAUCACCAAUGAAAAAUCUUUCGACAAUAUAAAAAAUUGGAUAAGAAACAUUGAAGAAGUAAGUGUUAAGUGGGCAGUUUGCUGUUUUUCUAGAUACAUAAUUAUGUUUGCAUGAAAUAUCCAUAAUUAUCUGUCUAUUUAUUGCCAGUAUUAACCCUUUCCUAAUAUUUCUCAAUCAGUAAGAGGCAGAAAUCUGCUUCCUGCUCUGAUAGAAAAGGUGGCAUACAUUUUCUGACGAUAACCUGCGAUAGACCUUCAACCCCCAUCUUAUGUGUUUUACAUCCAGAGCUUGCUCUGCCACUCUGUGUGCAUGACGUAGGAGCAAUGUCAUUUCUAUUGAUCUGAAAUUCUCUUCAUCUAGGGAUCUAUUGCCGUACAUUUUGUGCAUAAAUGAGACCCCCAUGCACAUGCACAUUUUAUUUAUUAACUACAAUAAGUAAUACAUAUCUGAGCAGAAAUAUCAGAUCUGCUGCCAGCACAGAAUUAACGGUAUAAAUAAAGUGAUAGUGAAUGACAAGAAAGUCGCGGCAUACACAGAUAAAGUAAAAAUGAGCGAGAAGAAGAGUGCGGUGAGAACAAUGGGAAUUGGAGUUAAUGCCUCUGUUUGUACAUGUGUAGAUGCUGAGACUUCAUAGAUUAUCAAAGGUUUUGUGCUUGGGGAGGUUGCAGAUAAUUUUUUACUGCGCUAGUGUCUGUUUGUAAACAUUCUCGUUUAUUUCACAAGACAUAACUUAGCUGUGAUUUUCAGAUUUAGAAUGUUUCAUAGUUAUGUAUCUGCCAGCACAUAGAAACAUAGAAUGUGACGGCAGAUAAGAACCAUUUGGCCCAUCUAGUCUGCCCAAUUUUCUAAAUACUUUCAUUAGUCCCUGGCCUUAGACAUCUUUAAGCAGAAUAAAAUAAAUUAGAGGCACAGUAGUAAUACGUUGUUUGUUUCAGCAUUCUAUAUGGGUAUCAGAGGUUUUAAGAACCAUCCCCAAAUGACUUACAAUCUAUACUUUAGAACCAUGUAUAAGAUGCUACAUUAUGCUUACAUGAUUUGUUUAUGUGAAAUCUGGACAUGAUAUGUAAAAUUUCCUAUAUUUCAGAAUGCAAGCUAUCUGCAAUUUUACUUUAAAGGGACAUUUAACUGCCAAAAUACCAAAUUAUUUUAUUUUUAUUUUAAACUGUUUAGUAGAUAUACCUCAAAUGAAAACCUGUAUGCACUAACCAUGCAUGUUUACAUUGGGUGUAUAUAUAAAAACAGUUUGUAAAAACUGCAGAUCUUUUGUCUGCUGCCUUCGUAAACCCUCUCAUUCUAAUCCCACCCAGACUUUGUGUGAUUGUCCAAUCACAGACUUCCCAAUGCAGCUCAAUGAGAAGUUAUUGUAAGUCAGGUGCUCUGGGCAAUUGCUGCCUUAUGAGUUUAGCUUCACUGAACUAAACAAACCAGGAAGUUACAUUACCUGUUGUCUGAUUGACAGCCAGGAGGGUGUAACCAGGUGAAUUUGGAAAAUUAAAAAAAUUUUUUUUAAAAGAGUACACACUCUUCACACAUAAAGCUUUUCUGUAAGCUACAGUGCUUUAGGGGUCUGAAGUACUCAGUCCAACUUGUUCCAUGCAUGCACACCACCUGAAUCCGUGGUCAUAUGUGUAUAUGUACCUCUUCUUCCUGGUUUUUUGCUCACUUUGAGAUGCUUUACUUUGUUCACCCAGCAUGCCUCCUCUGAUGUGGAGCGGAUGAUCCUGGGCAAUAAAUGUGACAUGAAUGACAAGAGACAAGUGUCGCGAGAGAGAGGAGAAAAGGUAAUUAUUGUUCACACAAUCUAUUCCAUUUUUCCCACAUCGAGAUGCCUCAUACAUCCAUACUGUUACCUUGUGUUUGUCACACUACUGCCUUACCAUUGAAUCUAUCUGCUCCAGUAAUGAGUUACUUGACUGAUUUUGUCAUUUUGAGUAUAUUCUUUCAGUUUUAAUAUUUUUUUUUUUUUUUUUACCUUAGCUUGCCAUCGAUUAUGGGAUAAAAUUCCUUGAAACCAGCGCAAAAUCCAGCAUCAAUGUUGAAGAGGUAGGAAUUAGUACUUGGCAGUAAUUCUGUGUGUGUGUGUAGAUUGUUCGUUGGUGAGGAUACAUUAUAUGACAUGGUGAUACUGUUUCAAAUUGGAGCAUUGCAGUUCGUGUAUAUACAAAGCUACCCUUUCAUAAAUAAUGCAUACCAUAUUUGAAUAAUUCAGUAUAUGUAUCUAUACCAUACAUUUUAUGGUAUCAUUGUGUUUUAUUUCACUGUAAUCAUUGAUGUGUUACUGGUGCAAUGCCUGCACCUCUCUGGCGGACACUAAACUGCUGCUUCUUCUUUAGGCAUUUUUCACUCUUGGAAGGGACAUCAUGACAAAACUUAACAGAAAAAUGGUGAGUAUUAACUGAUUGAGAGCAAUGAUUUGAUGUGUGUAGUGUUUUACCAGAUCUAAGCCAGGCACGUGCAGCCUGAAUGCGAUAGGCCAGGAUGUUCUAAUGAGCAAUGCUACUUAACCAUGAAUGGCUUCCAUUGCCACUGCUCAUUGUUCCCUUCCUUCCAAUACAGAAUGAAAGCAACUCUCCUGGUGGAGGGGGGCCUGUGAAAAUCACCGAGAAGUCCUCCAAGAAAAGUAGUUUCUUCCGUUGCGUGUUGCUUUGAUGAACUGAAACACGAGCGAGAGGGAAAGAGAUGAACUGCGGUACACGUGACGUGGCGGCGUUCAGCCAACCACAGGUGCUGCAAAGGUCUCUAGGGGAAAACAAUCCAACGUUGUUUGCUGAAAGCACCAGAUAUGAGACAGAUUCAGACACGGAUUUCUGGAGUGGAAGAUUAAAGUGGAACGUUGAGGUCCUUAUUUUUUUUUAACUCUCUUUUUCUUCACUGUUUUCGAAAGAAAAACACCGGAACAAGCAGACAAGCCCCUCCCCACCCAAUUUUGUUUACCUUCUGUCUGUUUUGUUGUUCUGUAUUUUCCACACAGUCAUCCUGUCCUUCUAGGCCCAGAUGCCCAAUCGCAGGUGUCAAAGACUAAACAAACCAAUGGCUUCCCAACUUUUUGUAUGUUUUAAAUAUCUAACUUCUGAAGCAUCUUAAUUUGUUUAUUUGGCUUCGUAUUUUAAGAAUUGGUUGUCUAAAAGAUGCAAGGCUGGCCUUACUUGGUUCUGGCAUUUCUGGAUUUAAUGCAUAAGGCAUGUUCUAAUGCUCUUUCUCGGUGGUGGCUCCAACAAUAUAUUAAAUCAUGAACUUAAACAAUUUCCAAGUUAUAAAUCGUACAUCAAAAUAUAAUCUUAACCUUUAUAGGCCAUGGAAUGAAACUGUUAUGUAUCUAGAAAAAUGUUGUUUCUCGGAUAUACUUUCCAGUUACUGAACCAUCGAUGGCACAUUGCUUGGACAGUUGUGUGACACAGUUUAUAGAUCAUCCCACCCAGACAUUUUGUGUUAUUUUUUUUUUUUUAUCCGUCACCUUGCCUAGAUCUUAUGUAAUAUCUGUUUUCAUUUCAAGCCACUGAUCAAAUUUCCUCCCAGUAAGAGAAAAACAAUGCUUUAUGCCCCUGUCUAUACCUUGCCACCCAUAAAUGCUCUACUGUGCCUUGCUGCAUACAUCUUUGAGUCUGUCAUUUAGUUCGGCUUUAAAAUAACGCUGAGUUGCUUGUGUCCAUACUAUGAACAACUUCCACUAUCUCGUGGCGAGAUGUAUUUUUACUGCUAUGAUCAAUUGUCCAUUAGUACUUUUGAUGCCGUCGGAAAAUGGGAAUCCAUCAAGAUACCUGGUUAAAGAGACCUGCACAAAAUAAAAUAAAUCUUCUGAAUUAUUACUCCUUAGAAACCAGUAUCAAGCAUGUGGGAAACGGCAUCACUAAAUUUCUCAGCUCUGAACGCUUGCCAUGGCCCAUGAAAUCUUUAUGGUCAAAUAAAAUAAUGAAUUUACCAAAUACAACAGUGAUUGUAAAUGCUACAAUACUGGGGCGUACAAGAGUGUUUGUUGCUGGAUAAAGUUGGACCUUAUGGAAGUCUUGAGAUGUAUUUUUUUUUUUUUUUUAACAUUACUCCGUCUUUAAAAUGGUUUACAGCUGCUAAUUUUUUGUCUUAACUGUAAGUACUUUUUGAUCAAAGUAUUAAUUUUACCAGUUAAAUCCUAAUUGAAGCCUAAUUUUUCACUGUUCCUUGACAUGUGAUCCACGCCUUUAUUUGCUUGAUUUGAGCUAGUAGCUAAUAAAUUGGUUGACCUGACAUCAUUAAGGCCUCACGGAAAUGUAAUGGCCUCUUAUCUAGUGGACACACACCAGUGUUGCCUACAUUGAAUGUAUGUGGAUCAUGUACUUAUCCUCUGGUUUGUUAAAAACAUGUCCCUUAAAUGUAAUUACAACGAGGUUUAUUCAGUAAACCUGAGAAAUGUGGUGAAUUGACAAGGGAACUGAAUUUAAGAUUAAAAUAGUCAAAUAGGAACAAUUCUCCAUUUUGUUAUAUAACCACAAUUCUCAGUUCAGUGAAUACGCACACUGGUGUUAAAGAAGUUCUACUAAAACAUAGGUUUAUUCUGGUAGAUAUAUUUUGCCAGAUCACGUUUUCAGUUGUACUAGGCAAUAUGUCUGGAUGUAUUUUUGUUUUGUUUUUUUUUUCUUCGUUUUUUUAAUAAGCCGUUUUCUUUUAGUACAUCUAACCUGAAAAUGGUCAAUGAAAAGAAUUUCAUAGAACACAUUUCAUUUUUGAAGGAUGGUGACACACCAGUGAAUGACGUUUUAUGCAUUAUUUUUGAAGUAGUAAUUAAUAAUUUUUAUCAUAUAGCUUUUUUUUUUCCUUUUCUCUUUUCUUAAUGGGCAAGAAACCUAAGGAGAACAAAAUCAUUUUUUUUUUUUUUUUAAACCAAGGGUAAGCCACCUCAGCCAUUCAAGAUGCAGUGGAUUGCAUCUCCCAUGAUGCUUUGUUAACCUUCUUCCCUUGGUUUAACCAUUGAAACGCUCUGCAAUGCAGUGACACAAAGGCUGGGAGUGAAUGUAGAUUGCCUUACAUCAGGCAUUAUUUAAGCCAUCUCACUGCCUAAAAGACCUGCUUUGCAUAGCUUCCAGAGCUAAACCCCAUGAAACCUUUGGGUGUCCAACAUAUUUGUUCCCUGCUCUCUUUAAGGAGGGACAUUUGUUCUGGGAUUAGUCCUACUGGCCAUGUGUUUUGUGACGCAACAGCAUGAACUUAAUUUUACUGUUUUCCUACUUUGCACUGAUAGGAUGAACUUGGGGGUCACAUGAAUCUCCCAUCUGUGCAUGGAAACAAAAGGAAAUAUUCCACUUUACUAUUUAAAUAUUGUUUAUACAGUGUAUCAAGUGUUAUUUUUUUUUUCUUCUAAGAAAUGUGCUUUUAGUGUGACCUUUAUAUUGUUUGUGAUCCAUUGUUGCUGAAUAUUUUGAAUUGUCAGUUCUGUCCAUUUCAGAUAUAAAUCCCAAAGGGCACACCUACGCUUUAACAUAUUGCUCCUUCCUUCCACAGAGGGGGGGCUUAAUUGGCAUUUCUGCUUUUUGGCUUUUUUUUUUUUUCUCCUGCCUCUCUUAAGUCAUUUGACAGAAUGUACAUUAUUACUUUUGCUGAAUGUUUUGCUCUUUUCUCG